AUGGGUAAUAAUAGAAUUCCGAUGUGGAAGCAAUGCAGAGCCUUUACUCUAGAGCUUAAUUCGUUAGACAACAAGGAGAAGGCUACUUCUGUGCUGUAUGGGGAGAACUUGUACGUGGGAUGUGGGGACGGAAGGGUGAACUGUUAUGGGGACAGGAAGCUGUACUCAUUCCAAGGAUUUGAGCUAGAGUUUGACUACCUAGAGAGCUGCGACGUGGCUGAAAAGGUGUUAGCGAUUGAGAGGUUUGACGAUGGGGGCCUGAACGAGAUUCUUAUUGUUGGGAACGAAAGAAACCUGAAGGUGUGGAAGGUCAGGAAUAAAGGGGCUACCAGGGAGAUUCUGGAGGGAAAGUAUGCUGAAGAAUACGAGUGUGUGUGUGUAAAGGAAUGCAAGAAUGUGCACCCAUGCAUUUUGAACAGCCUCAGCCUUAACAACGACAAGCAGUAUCUUUUGUCCUCGGACUAUCUGAAGAUCAAUCUGUGGAAGCCUGAAAAGAUCGAUGGAUGCUUUACUAUUGUAGACGUAAAACCACAUAAGUACAGCGACCUGAUGUUUGUGAUCAACUCGACAAAGUUCAGUAAGGAGAUGAAUAUGGUGUUUGGAUAUUCAACAAGCUCUGGUGAGAUCCGUGUGAAUGACCUAAGGCUGUCCUCCAAGUCAUUAGAAACUCUGACAAUAGACGGCGUGGAUGUGGAUGGGAUUGAGGGUGCUGUGAAGUCUAUUUCCGACUUCCAGUUUGUCGACUCGAACCUUAUUCUUGCUAGAAGCCUCAAUUCUGUCACGCUCUACGACAUGAGGAAUCCCAAGAACAACAUUUUCACUACUAUACUAUGCGAUGAUACAGACGAGAUCAGCUCUGUCUACGAAUCGGAUGCUGUAUACGCAAGGUUCAGGAUAUGCUGCUCGGACCGCCACGGAUUCACAGGUGGAUUCAGAGACACUGUUCACAUCAUCAAUCUUCUUGAUGGAUCAAAAGAAGACUUGCUUGUACCGUGUGAUCCAAAGAACAUGGAGAAGAAGGACAAGCUCAAGCUUGUGAGCUCUAACGGAGAAAAUUUCGUUGUUGCCUGUGAAGACAAGAUACUUGAAUACCGGCAUGUUUAA